AUGCGCCUCCAAAUACCGUUUCUAUCUCUUUUGUCGCUCUUGCUUUUUGCCAGCUUCAGCCAUGCUUUCGUCGGUCCAUCAUGUAUGAAGAUGAAGGAUACACUUGGAACCAAACCAGACAUCAUCUUCAAGAAAUUCCAGAGUGAAAUCUGCGACAAGGGGUGCAAGCCAGUCGUUGCCCAUUAUGAAAGGUUCGCACGCAAAAACGUGAUAAAACCGCUGGUUACGAAGGUCAUGAAGGAUAUGGGCAUGCCACAGCACACCAAAAUCGUCCUAAACCUAGCCGAGGAUGUUUUCAAAGUGGUGAAUGAAAAGUGUGCGAAGAACUUGGGCAAGGGCCACCUCUGCCAGGAUCCAGAAACCCUCACGAAAUUUGGAAAUUGCCUCAAAGGCAAUCUCAUGCCAGUUGUAAUGGGUAGGGUUGGUGAAUUGAUGCCACUGGUAGCGGAACCAAUCUGCGCCAAGCAGCUCGCAUACUUCGAGAAGGGCGAUCUUUGGGAAAAAGUCAUACCGAGCUACAUUGACAAGUAUGCAGCGGUGUGCCAGAAGCUAUAA